AUGCAGGCGUCCAAGAUCGUCGACCGCCUGGCGCGCUUCCUGGUGGCCGUCGCGGGCGGAGCGUUCCUCAUCGUGCCCAUGCUGAUCAUGACCCUGGGCGGGCCGUCGCAGAACACGAGCCUGGUCACGGUGUCGGUGGCGGUGCUUGUGUUCGCGCUGGUGUUGGCGUUUGCGGUGCGCGCGUCCAAUGCUGAGACUAUGGUUGCGACCGCUACCUAUGCGGCGGUUCUUGUGGUGGCAGACCUGACUUCUGGUUCUCAGCAGUAA